AUGGCUGGAAGAAAUCGCAUUCCUCGUGAAGCUUUAGAUCACCGGCACGGUUACCCCCAUGGGGGGCCUGUUGUUCGGGGGCCUUUACCCCGCGUCAUGCCUCACCCUGCCCUAUUAGAGGAAGAACUCGAAAUGCGACACGUUGAACUUCGCCGGCUUUUGGGUGAAAACCGGAGACUGAUAGAAGAUCGGGUUUCUCUGGAGCAAGAAUUAAAUGCUGCUAAGGAGGAGCUUCGUCACAUGAAUCUUGCCAUUGCUGAUAUUCGUGCUGAGCAAGAUGUUCAUUCAAGGGAGCUUGUUAAAAGGGGUUUGAAGAUGGAAGCUGAUCUUCGUGCUACUGAGCCUCUGAAAAAUGAGGCCAUGCAACUUAAAGCUGAAAUUCAAAGGCUGAGCACCAUUAGGCAGGAUUUAUCUGUGCAGAUUCAGUCUCUCAGGAAAGAUCUUGCUAAGUUGCAGGCUGAUAACCAGCAAAUUCCACUUUUGAGGGCAGAGAUUGAUGGAUUGCAUCAGGAGCUUCUGCGCGCUAGAGCUGCUGCUGAUUAUGAAAAGAAUGCAAAGAUUGAGCUGAUGGAGCAAAGGCAGGCAAUGGAGAAGAACUUGCUGACCAUGGCACGUGAAAUUGAAAAUCUGCGUUCCGAGCUUGCUAAUUCUGAUGGUAGAGCAAAGGGUGCAGGUGGACCUCUUAGGAUGAAGUUUACAAGCUCCGACCGCACCUUCCAUACACCAUAUGGUGAUGGAUAUAGGAGUACUGCGGGUGCUGCUGACAAGGGUAAUCUAUAUGGUUCCAGUUCGGCUUCUUGGGGAGGCCUUGAAAAAUCUCGGAUGACUCGCCGCUAA